GAUUUCCUGACAUACAGCAAGCUGGAGAAAAUAAAGGGGUUGCAUGAAGGGGGGGAACGCCAUUAAAUCCCUCCAGCCGGCCCUCUCCCUUUGGAAAUGAGAUGGAAAAUGGAGUGGAUUUAGCACAAAUCCCUGAUUUUUCAGGCCAAACCAGAGACGGGGAGCAGCCACUCAGCUCCUCGGACUGCAGCUAUUUUUAAGCUGUGCGAAAUACCAAAGUCUCUGCAUUCAAGAUGAAGAUUUCCUGACCGGGGUGAGCAACACGCGUGUCGCUUUUCUAUUUAUUCACCCGCAUGGUUCUCUUGGGCUCGAAAAGAUCAGGCGGGAAGAGCCUGGAAACCAAAGUGAUGAUUUCGUGAAUUCCCACUGCUUAAGAAUAACCAACAUUGACUCAAGAAGAGUCUGUAACAAUUUCUGCUCUCCGGCUCUUGGCGCCUUGCUCUUUUCAUGUGCACUUGGAAGUGUGGAGGCCGAGCUAAAACUGAGGAAACCAGGAUGAGCCGCAAGGAGGGGGAAGAUAACAGCUCCGACAGCAGCGUGAAGAAGAUGCUGAAAUGUGUGGUGGUGGGUGACGGAGCCGUUGGCAAGACCUGUUUGCUGAUGAGCUAUGCCAAUGAUGCUUUUCCGGAAGAGUACGUGCCUACUGUUUUUGAUCACUAUGCAGUAACCGUUACAGUCGGAGGGAAACAGCAUUUGCUUGGCCUUUACGACACUGCUGGGCAGGAGGACUACAAUCAGCUAAGACCCCUCUCCUAUCCCAACACUGAUGUUUUUUUAAUCUGUUUCUCUGUGGUCAACCCUGCUUCCUACCACAACAUCCAAGACGAAUGGGUGCCAGAACUGAAAGUUUGCAUGCCACAUGUACCUUAUGUCCUGAUCGGAACACAGAUUGAUCUUCGGGAUGAUCCCAAAACCUUGGCUCGGUUACUUUGCAUGAAGGAGAAGCCCUUGACUUAUGAACAUGGCACCAAACUGGCUAAGGAGAUUGGCGCCCAGUGCUACCUGGAGUGCUCAGCUUUGACCCAGAAAGGCCUGAAGGCGGUCUUUGACGAAGCCAUAUUGACCAUCUUCCACCCCAAGAAAAAGAAGAGACCCUGUGCCGACUGCUGCAAGUGCUGUAUGGUCGUAUGACGCCACCUGCAGGCUGUGCUGGUGUUUGGCCAAAGCAUUUCCCACCUGCAUUUCAUACCAGCACAGAGGAAUGAGGGACAUGACCACAAAGGAGCUCUGUUCCUGAGAGGCUUCUCCAAGUCUACGGCUCCUCUAAGCUUCAACCUCUUUGGCCUUCUCAUGUCUUACUAUCAGGGGCGGCACUUCCAUGAGGCAGGGUGAGGCAGCUGCCUUAGGCACCAAUGGAGGGAGCGUCAAAGGGGGCAGCAAGUGCCGGGGGGCCCCACCACCACAGAUGUCGCUUCACCCUCCAUUGCCCCUCUGUGCCCUUUCUCCCCUGCCGAGGCACGCUGUUCAUUGAUGGGGGGGCUCUUCUCACACCGCCCCUGCUUCCUUGCUUUUCUAACCACUACAGAGCUGCUUAUGUGGGCAACUCAGCUCUGUUAUCAUUUUCACUGAGCAAGCCGACUGCAGCCAAGAGAACUCUUCCUGGGGUCAGGAAGGAUUCAUGCCGGUGUGAGGCGAUGGAAGGCAAACAGAUAUCCAAAGACACUGCAGCCGAGCCAAGAGAAACUGGAUUCAUUAUGUGUGGCCUUCAGCAAGAAGUGAAUUGAUAUCUUCCAUUAUGAAUAUGCAAUAACUGUUGAACUUGAAAACUGCUAGAGCACACAGCUUUUUCAAAACCGAUUGUGUUGAGAGCUAGAUAAAAUGCAGGGUGGCCUAUUUUAAUUCUGUUUUUAAAGUUGUUCUCUAUUUUCAAAAGAUACUUUUUUUAAAAAAGAAAUGGAAUCAAAGUAGCCGUUCCUGUACUUUUGUCUUCCUUAAGCAUAAUCCAAAGAGAUAAUCAGAUUGUAUGAGCAUUUAUCCGUAGACAUGUGGAAUUCUUGUCUUACUAAAUGAAAUACCAAACAAGCUAAUUUUGUAUUUGUAAAGUUGUCUAGAUUUGGCAAUGGCCAGGAUUCAGAGAGACCUCUGUGUGAUGUUCUCAGUGUAAAUCUUUUUUUAUCCUCCUCAUUUCCUGUUUUAAAAGAUGUAUCUCAUGAAAAUCUGCUCUUUCCGAGUUUGGGAAUUGGACACAACAACUUUUCCAAAGGAAAAAUCAGAAGGAAAUUGGGACAUGCACACACCUUGGUCUCAAUUCCCCCUGGAGAAACUGUUACACCAGGGUGUGGACAAACAUGGCCCUCUGGCUGUUUUCGAACUACAACUCCCAGCAUCCCCGCCACAAUUUAUUAUGGCAGAGGAUGCUGGGCGUUGUAUUCCAAAAACAGCUGGAGGGCCAAGUUUGCCUACCCCGGUUACACCAUCUGUCAUUCAAACUGCUAUUUGAAAGCAAGAGUUUCAAAAAUAGCCUCACAGAUGUCGGGGGAGGUCCAUGAAUAGGAGCCACCAGUGGAGAGAUAAAGGAGAGGUGAAGCAGGCAAUUGUCUACAGCGGCAAAAUUUGAAGAGUGGCAAAUUCUGCCACUUCUCAAGUUUUGCCACCCCUCUUUGGGGAUGGUGGCAGCUGCAGCGAGGGUGUGUGUGGAGAAAGUCUCCCCCCUUUUACCUUUUUUUAAAAAAAAUGCUGCUUGCGUCGGCAGCACAUGGAGAAAGACUAGAACAGGCUGCACAGCAGAGAGGCCGUGUGGUCACUUGUAAGGAAGUCACUUGUAAGGGCUGGAAUGAGUUCGCCCCACCAUGCAGCUGCAGAGCUUUCAAAGGCAAAAGGGAAAACUUUGCCCUCGCCCUCCUCCCCGCAGUUACUGCUACUUCCAGGAGUGGUGUUUUUUUAAAAAAAACUAGAAGGGCGUCAGAAGCCUUUUUGCCUAUUUUUGGCAAAAAGCUUAAUCCACCCCUACGAGCUACCCCGCUUUUGACCUCUGCACUGCUACACUUCUGUCAGUUCUCAUAUUUUGGAGUUGCCACCAUAGGAGAUGUUUCCAGGUGAAAGUUUCAACAUCCUGCCCUCUAACUCCAUCCAUCCCAUCCAGGUGGCAAACCAUCUCAUGGAAACCAUCCUACGGGAAGCAGCUUGCAAUUCUUGGAGAAAGGCUGGCUUUCAUUCCGGCUCUGAUCCAGCAAUCAAAAACUACCUACUACAACCCCAUUGCUUGAGAUUGUUGCAGAUGCCUUAUUUACAAAUGUUUUCUACCAAUUGUGCCAUUUAAAUAUAAUUAACAAGAACAGCC